AUUGUGUUUGUUUGAAUGCCCUUCAAACUAACUCAGAAAGCAGUUUAUCGCCACCUUGGGCAGUUUUGGGGGCUCCGAUGUGUACCUCCAGCAUGGAGCGGCUGUAACAGCAGCAGCUCACUGCGUGGCGGUUUCCGGUGUCCGUCCGUCUGCAGGAGGAUGGCGUCCGGCUUCAACCGCAUCCCCUCCACCGCCGGUCCUCCGAGUCCUAAAUAUACCGAAGGUUGUCGACCUCAGGUUGAAGACGGCAGUGAAAACCAUCGAUAAGCGGGUCCAGUUUUCUCACCUAUCUCAUAGGAAGUGUGUGAACACAGAUAUAGCACUGAGCUACUCUGUGUGCUGGUUACCAUUUCUUAAACCACAUUCACCCUCUUCAGUUAAGCACUGAAACCCCCUUCAUCUGCUGAGAGGUGAAUCCUAUAUGCAAGUGGAAGGAUGACGGAGGCGUGGCAGCAGCAGCAGCAGCAACAUGCAGUGGCUCCACCUUCGGUUGUGCACACGCUCCCCCAGGGAACUGACAACCCUAUGGGCUGCACUGUGUAUGGAGUCGUCCUGCAGCCAGAUGCUUCCUUGCAGCAGCUCUCUGUUCAAACCCAGCAGCCCUCCUUACAGGUAGGGGGCGAGAGAGGGCACAAGUGUGGAGCCUGUGGCCAUGACAUCUCUCAUCUGGCCAAUCCUCAUGAGCACCAAUGCAUGGUGAACCAAGACCGAUCCUUCCAGUGUACCCAGUGUAUGAAGAUCUUCAGCCAGGCGACAGACCUGCUGGAACAUCAGUGUGUGCAGGUGGAGCAGAAGCCUUUUGUGUGUGGUGUGUGUAAGAUGGGCUUCUCUCUGCUCACCUCGCUCGCCCAGCAUCACAACUCGCACGGCAAUGGAAACAACCCAAUGAAGUGCUCCAUCUGUGAGAAAACAUACCGGCCGGGUUCUGGAAACGUCACCCCAACCUCGUCAGCUGCCAACCCCCAGCAGCCCUCCACUGGUGAGACGUCCAGUGGCGGUGCAGCGAUCAGUGCCUCGUCUCCUCCUUCGUUUGAGGCCUCUGCACCAGACCGACCAUACAAGUGCUCAGUGUGCCAUAAGUCUUUCCGGCAUUUGUCUGAGCUGACCCGCCACGAAAGAGUGCACACUGGUGAAAAGCCAUACAAAUGUGACACUUGUGAUAAAAGCUUCAGCCAGUCUUCACAUCUGGCGCACCACCAGCGUACACACAGCUCCGAGCGACCAUAUAAAUGUGCCGUGUGUGAGAAGAGCUUUAAGCACCGAUCUCACCUUGUGCGGCACAUGUACGCUCAUUCAGGCGAGCACCUCUUCAAGUGCAAUCUGUGUGAGAUGCACUUUAAGGAGUCUUCUGAGCUCCUGCACCAUCAGUGCCAGCCGGAAGGGGAGAGACCUUUCCGCUGCGGUUCUUGUGGAAAGAGCUUCAAGCGCCCGUCUGACCUGCGACAGCAUGAACGUACGCACUCAGAGGAGCGACCUUUCCAGUGCGAAGAGUGCCAGAUGAGCUUCAAACAGCAGUACGCUCUCGUACGACACCGUCGCACUCACAAAAAUCCCGCGGAUCGCCCUUUCAAAUGUAAUCUCUGUGAUAAGGGGUUCCUUCAGCCAUCCCACCUGCUUUACCACCAGCAGGUUCACGGUAUGGAAAGUCUGUUUAAGUGUGCAUCCUGCCAGAAGUCUUUCAGCCAAUCAGGAGAACUGCUGAGACACAAAUGUGGUGGUGAGGUGGAGAAGCCCUACAAGUGCGACGUGUGCGGCAAAGGUUACAAAAAGAAUUCGACGCUACAGCGCCACCAAAACUCUCACUGCACAGAGAAGCCGCUGAAAUGCUCCCUGUGUGACAAGCGCUUUGUGUCGUCCUCCGAGUUUGUUCAGCAUCGCUGCGACCCGACCCGCGAGAAGCCUCUAAAAUGUCCCGACUGUGAAAAGCGCUUCAGGUACUCGUCCGAGCUGCAACGUCACCGCCGAGUUCACACCGGGGAGAAGCCUUUCAAGUGCGCCAGCUGCGACAAGAGCUUCAAGCAGCGUGAACACCUGGCCAAGCACCAGAGCGUGCACUCGCGGGAGACACAGUUUAAGUGCGUGUGGUGCGGAGAGCGUUUUGUUGACCUCACAGCUCUGCAGGAGCACACAGUCCAGCACACUGCUGAGGGGGAGAGUUUCCCUGAAGCUCAAUGCAUCCCAUGAACUGAACUGCUUUUCAGUCCUGGGCAGCAAACAUGACAUUCACCCUCAAAGCAACUUGUGCCAGCCUCCGCUCCCCCAUUUGUAGUUAAUAACAUGCACCCAUUAAUUGUGUUUAAUGAUUUUUUGCAUCAUGACUGAAUUCAUCCUCAUCCAUCGUUGAGUAAAUGGCAAAACACCCUUAAUCAACCGAGGCAAUUAGGAUCCCUCGUCUUAUUUUGGAACACAUGGAAAGAAAUGGAAUGAAAAAGGGCGUAAUAAUGUGGGAAGAUCUUGGUUUUGUUUAGUGCUGAGUGUGGGACCUUAUUCUGUGGUUGCAUGUGAUCGUCUGUUUUGUAACUGUUGAUUCUGUUGUUAAGAAAGAUGGAAAGAACUUCCAGACAGUUGUCAGAUGUGUUUGUGUGUGUGCUCACGUGUAAGCUCCUUUGAAAUCCAUGUGCCUUUUUUUUUACCCGUCACUUCAUUUUGUGUUUUUGUUAACAUCAUGUCCAGUUUAGCCGAUAAACCCUCCCAUUCGUAUACAGCGGCUGGCUUGUGCAGCAGUAUCUUUUCACAUACUAGAUUUUAGGUAGUAUCAUCUGUUUGUGCAUGAAUAUUUAUCACACUUUAAUAUCACUGUUGUAUUAUAGUUUUGGUUAAUUUAGGAAAAACAUCCUAAGAAGAAAAAAAGUGGAUUCGUGAAAAUGUAUAGCCCGUGUCCUAUGAAAUCUGUGUUGUUGCAUCUUUGUAUUAAAACAAAUGACAUUUAG